CUAUCAAAACCCUAGCCUAUAUACCCACCCUUCCCCACUGUCCCUUGCUUCUUCGAAACCCUAGAUCGUGAAUCACUUGGGAAGGAAAAAUGCCGCCCAAGUUCGACCCGUCUCAGGUUGUUGACGUCUAUGUCCGGGUCACCGGCGGCGAGGUAGGUGCGGCAAGUUCUCUUGCCCCUAAGAUUGGGCCGCUCGGUCUCUCACCGAAGAAAAUCGGUGAAGACAUCGCAAAAGAGACCGCCAAGGACUGGAAGGGCCUUCGCGUCACUGUCAAGCUCACUGUUCAGAACCGUCAGGCUAAGGUCUCGGUGGUGCCAUCGGCGGCGGCUCUCGUCAUCAAGGCCCUGAAGGAGCCCGAGCGAGACCGCAAGAAAACCAAGAACAUUAAACACAAUGGAAAUAUUUCACUUGAUGAUGUGAUUGAAAUUGCUAAGGUUAUGAAGCCUAGAUCAAUGGCCAAGGAUUUGAGCGGGACCGUGAAGGAGAUUCUGGGGACAUGCGUUUCAGUCGGUUGUACGGUUGAUGGAAAGGAUCCUAAGGACUUGCAGCAGGAGAUCACGGAUGGUGAUGUCGAGGUUCCAUUGGAUUGAGACCCGGAAUCUAGCUUGGGUGAGGGAUUUUGUUGUUUUUUUGUUUUUGGUUUAAUUUGUAUUGUUUGAUAUUUGAAGAUUUCCUAGAAUGUUCUUAAAGGUAAUACAUUUACUGUUAUUUAGAUGAUUUUGAGAUAUCCUUUUUUUAUGAAUAUUGAUGAUGGAGUUAUGGUUCAUGGUUUUUCGAUGUUAUAUUGGGUUUUUACAACCCUACCUUGAAAUAACUUCGGUUGUUGUCUUAUAAA